UUUUUUUUUCUAUCUUUAUAAUUACUAUCAAUUCAUUAUUCUAUAUCUUUUUUUUAUUUAUUUAUUUAUUUAUUAUCAAUACAACAAUUCACUUCGAUAUACGACAAUAUAUUCCAUCCAAUCUCUUUUUCUUUCUCUUCCUCCCUUUUUUUUUUCCUUUUCUUUUCUUUCUUGUUUUUGUUGAUAAAAACACUAUAGUUUUGUGUUUUUCUUGGUGAUCAUGAAUCAACAACCGAACAUACCAAACAGUCAAGCAAAUGAUGUUCCUAAUCCUAACUGGCGUGAUGAAAUGACUUUACAAGAUAGAGCUCGUUUUGUAGCUCAAUUAGCUCAAGCUUUGAAACAUUUAUCUCCUUCUACAACUGAACAAGAUAUCUUUGCUGCGGCUAAAAACUUUGAAUCUACUCUUUAUCAACGAAGUCCUAACAAGAAUCAAUAUAUAUUGUCUUAUGCAAGAAAAUUCAAUCAAAUCAAAUAUCAAAUUCAAAUGCAAACUCAAAAUGGUGUAGCUCCUGGUACAGUUGGUCCUAAUGUAGUCAAUGAUCAAUUAAAUGGUUUAGGUACUUCUCCUUUGAUGCAAACUCAACAAACUCAAUCAAAUUCUCCUCAAAUGCAAAUCGUACAACAACAAAUGCAAAAUAUGGUUAACGCUUUAAAUCCUACUCAACAAAUGCGUCCUAAUAUGUUUCAACAUCCUCAACAACAAGUUUCUUCUGCUGAUCUUUUAGCUUUUCAACAACGUUCUAUGACAAAUCCUAAUUCAUCUCAACCACAAUCUUCUUCUUCUUCUUCUUCUUCAUCUUCUACUACUACUGCUACUGCUAUUCCUACUACUACUACUGCUACUACUACUACUCCUAGUUCUAGUACUAUGUUACAAGGUCUUCAAAAUAGUAAUACACCUAUGACACUUAAUCAACAACAACAAGUUCAGGUUUUUCUGGCAAGACAAUUGGCUUUACAACAACAACAACAACAACAACAAGGUAAUUCAAUUCAACAACAACAAUCUGGAUUACCUACUACAAUGGAUGCCAAUACAAUGAUGAAUAUGGCUAUGGCUAAUAGAAAUAUGAAUCGUCCUCCUACUGCUCCAACUACCUCGGCUGGUAUGCCUGUUUCUGGUGCUCCUCAAACUAGUUAUGCUAAUAUGAAUAUGAUGAAUCAAAUGUCUAUGAUGCAAAAUUCUCUUCAAGGCCAACCACAACAAAUCAGUCCGGAACUUUUGAUGCAAUUACAACAAAAUCAAUUACUUCAACAACAACAGCGUCAACAACAGAGUCAACAAGUUCAACAGAAUCAACAAGUUCAACAGAAUCAACAAGUUCAACAGAAUCAACAAGUUCAACAAAAUCAACAUCAGCAUGUACAGCAACAGCAAUUACAACAACAACAGCAACAACAACAACAACAACAACAACAACAACAACAACAACAACAACAACAACAACAACAGCAACAGCAACAGCAACAGCAACAGCAACAGCAACAACAGCAACAGCAACAACAACAGCAACAGCAGCAGCAACAACAACAACAAAAACAACAGCAGCUUCAACAGCUUCAACUUCAACAGAAUCAGCAGCAAGGUACUCCCACACAACAACAACAAUCACAACCUUCUGGUUUUCCUCAACAACACCAGCAACAAUUGGAUAUGGCCAAUGCACAGCAGACCAAUGAUACAAAUCCUCAACUUCAACAAAAUCCACGAAACACUACUCCUCAACAGAGAAGUCAGGCCACUGAAAUGAUUCGUCAAUUGGAUGAAACGAUUAGUAGUACUAGAGCUCGUGCAAGACCAUUGGAAAAUUUAACGGAUCAUGAAAAGAACGCUAUUCGGGAAAACGUACUACAGAUGCAACCCAUGUAUGAAAAGAUCGACCAAUUAUUACCUAUCUUUUUGGCAUUGACUUCCAACAUUGAAGCUACUCGACGAUUGAUCUUGAUGAAAUACAUGUUUGAAGAUCAACUCAAUGUCCUUACUCAAGAUGUGUAUUUAGUUAGUUUGGAGAAUCUUCAAAAACUUCGUGAUCAAUUUAGUGGCUACUUUUCUUGGGUUAGAAAUGCUAUCAAUGGAAAUGCAGCUCAGUCUUCACAACAACAACAACAACAACAACAACAACAACAACAACAACAACAACAGCAACAACAGCAACAACAACAACAGCAACAAUAUACGCAGCAACAACAAAAUGUCCCAAUUGCUGCUGGUCAGCAAAACAACCAAGCCAUGGAUCAUACACAACAACCUAGCUCUUUAUCCAAUGUUAUCGCACCUGGAAUGCAGCAGUCACCUAAUCCAGCCACCAUUAAGCGUGAAAGUAUCGAUCUCAAAUUACCAGCAUCAAAGAAACAACGUGCAACGGCUAAUCAAACACCACCAACAAUGAUAAGCACUCCUCAACGUCCAAGUCCUGUGCCUAUAAGCAACACAACUAGUCCCUCAGUUCCUACCACAUCGACUUCCCCUCAAAUGGUAGACUUGACAAGAUCAUCA